AUGGAUUAUCGUCCGCGAUACUCUCAGCCCUUCACGUUGCAAGAGGCCGUGGGGUUGGAUGUUUCCGUGAUAACGGAAGAAAUAGCUCGUCUCCAGCACUCCUUACAGCACCUAAGAAGGACGCAAACCGAGCUGAAAGUGGUCUCCGAUGAAGCUCCCGAUCCUGAGUUCACCAAAGCGAUUGAGGAAAAUGACCUAGUCAUCGGCUCGCAGGAAGAGAGAGUCAGCAUUCUCAAGAUGGCGUUGACCGAGAAGGGUGUCCUCAUGGGUAGUCAUUACGAUGACAUUCCUCCCCAUACGGCUGGUAACGACGACGCGGCCCAGCAGGCGUGGGGGCAGCCGUCGACCUCGCCGACACCAACGGCGGUCACAGGUAACCAGUCCGCUGAGGCAGCGGAAGGCGGUGUUUUCUUGUGA